AAAAAGCAUGGGUCGCACAAAGGAGCCGAAAAAUACGAACGGCAACAGCGACGAUAGCGAAUCCGAGGAAGAGUACGUGGUCGAGAAAGUUGUGGACCGUCGCGAAAAGAAGGGAAAGGUGGAGUACCUUCUGAAAUGGAAGGGCUACGACUCGAGCUGCAACUCCUGGGAGCCGCGGGAAAAUUUGGACUGUCCGGAACUGAUCAAAGCGUUCGAACAGUCACGCACGGAUGCGAAAAAGGAUGCCGGCAAAAAGCGGACGACCAAGAAGAAGAAGUCUGGCGUCGAUUCGGACAAUGAAAAUGACGGAUCGGAUGACGACGGGCGCGACGACACCGCGUCAACAAAAUCAAGCAAAUCCAAAACCGUAGACGAUGAUGGAAAGCAGACGGAAAAUGAACAAGUCGAGGAGUUGAACGGGUUCGAGAAGGGCCAUGUCCCGGAGAAGAUUCUCGGCGCCACGGAAGGCGACAAUGAGCUGCUGUUCCUGAUUCAAUGGAAAGACAAGGAUAAAGCGCAGCUGGUAAAGUCCAAAGAGGCAAGAAAGCACUGUCCACAGUUGGUUAUAGAUUUUUACGAGGAGCGUCUAAUCUGGCAGACGGUCGAUCAAUCGCAAGGUGAUUAAUUAGCUCUUAGCCUUGCGCUAUUUUUAUGAAAUAUUACAAUGUUUAAUUAAGAACGAUUUCUUUUCCCCCCAUCAUAUCUGCUUUGAUGCGACUACUAUAUAUUUUCAUUUGUAAUCUGAAAUAAAUAUGACUUUCAUUUCGUUGACAGUGUUGUAAAGCUGUUUGUUACGAUCCUAUUGUAAGCGCUACAGGAAGCAGGAUGCAACGUGUAGACAAACUAGGUACAUUAAAUAAUGUUUAUUGACGACUCUUAAAUUUACACUUCGAUUAGAAGCAAUUACACAGUGAACACUCACACACACUAUUACACAUUUAACUAUUGUUCCGGAAUUUUCUCGGACGCUCGGAUGCUGAACUCUCGGUUGGCAUUCUUUACUGAAUAGCACAUUCUUGAAACUAUUUGUCCUAGCUUCUGCUAAACAUUUUCUUCUCUUGCAUGCAGUUCGGAUUAUUGAAACUCACACCCAACACAGCACAUACAUCAAUGUUUCUCGCGCCAAUAAAAUUACGGCUUAUCGUUCAUCAACAUCCCUAGUAGUUACCUAGCCAAAUCGAGAGAACAGUUCUGUGUUUGCCAAUGAAGUAGAAGCGUCCAAAUUAAGUUGCGUUUAAUUUAGAAACAAAGAAAAAUUAACGUUAAAAUCCAUCUCCUAACCCGGGAGCAACCAUGUUGACGAAUUGAAUGAAGAACAAAAGAAAAAUAAAGAAAAAGUAUGAUACAAAAGGU